AUGUCCGAAAAAUGUGAGGACCAAGGACUCAUGAUCAUCGAGAAUGGCAGUGUCGUGCAAGUGAGUUGUCGUGUCAUUUGUAUAAUUAAUUGUCGCGGAUGUAAAGUUAAACAGGUACCGACAAAUUUGUGCGCAAAACAAUAUAGUGGGAGAGCGAAGGUGAAAACGCAGACAAAGAUUUGUCAUUCUAUUAAAAAUAUUUAGAGACCUUUCCCUGGCUUGAACUUUUUCCCAUGAGAAAGGCGGACUCCGUACUUUAGAGAAUUGUUGAAAUGUCUGCGGCUUUGCAGCGGUUUGAAAGUUGAGUUGAAGGUGUGAGAAUGGUUCAGUUGAUGGGAAUAUGUCGUGGAUUGAGACACAGAUAAUAAAAAUUGUUACAGCAAGCGAGAAAUAAUUGAAAAAAAUCAAGCUUGCUCAUUUAGUAAAAUGAAUUUGAAUUUAGCGCAUGUGUCACAUAAAAAUUCCUUUAAACUUUAUUUUACGCUUUGCAGAGACAGCGACGCGUUUAGAACUUUUCCAACGAAAGAGUAUGGACAUUCUGGAUACCGGCUAGAGGGCAAAACUUGUUUGGCACUUUUGAAAAAAUCGAUUUUUUGUAGAAGCGUGACUUUCUUUGGCAUAAAUAAGACGAAAACUUUUCAUGUGUAAAUUCACAAAAAAGGUUUGAAUUUUGCUCUAUCUUCGAUAUAAAAAAGCUGGAUUUCUUCGGCAUAAGCAUCGUAUGCACAUAUAUAUAUCUUAAUGUUAGAAACAUUUACCGUAAAUUUUAUAAAAAUUUGCAUAAAAAUUUGAGCUUGACAAAAGACCUGAAAGGAACUAUUCAUUAAGAUCAAUUUUACCGUUCUGGAUAUCGAAUUUUACACCUAAAUUUAAUAAUAAUAGUUAUCAUUCUUCAGGCAGUCGGCAGUCUAACUGGGAUGGAAGGAAAAUGCAAAUUGUUUUGCCAAAUCAUCAAUGCCGCAACAAAAGAUGAGCUCGCCACAACGGAUCAGCUGGAAACUGUAACCAUUGCCUAUCCCCAUCAUUACUUGGCGAUUUCAAAAAAGGACACAAAGGUUUAUGUCAUCCGAAUGGCACAUGCGGCUGCCAGCGCCGAGAUGUUUGUGAAUUCGGAGCUGAACACGCUGGACACGACCAGUGUCUCGAAGAUUAUUGGAUAG